AUUGCCAUCACAUCAAUCGAAAAAACCCCCACAAGUGACGAAACAAAAUCUCUUUUCCUCUCGAAAACAAAAUUUUCCCCAGAAAAUUCCCUUAGUUUCUAUCCAAACAAACACCCCCACCUUGCAAAAACCCUAGAUGUCAACGUCAAGCCAACCCCAGUUCCGUUACACCCAGACGCCAUCGAAGGUUCUCCAUCUCCGAAAUCUCCCGUGGGAGUGUACGGAAGAGGAACUCGUCGAGCUUUGUAAACCCUUUGGGAAGAUCGUUAACACUAAGUGCAAUGUCGGCGCCAAUCGAAACCAAGCUUUUGUUGAAUUCGCAGACUUGAACCAGGCUAUUUCUAUGGUUUCAUACUAUGCUUCAUCCUCAGAGCCAGCACAAGUUCGUGGAAAAACUGUGUAUAUUCAAUAUUCAAACAGACAUGAAAUUGUCAACAACAAGAGCCCUGGAGAUACCCCAGGAAAUGUUUUGCUGGUUACCAUUGAGGGUGUGGAAGCUAAUGACGUGACCAUUGAGACCAUUCACUUGGUAUUUUCUGCAUUUGGUUUUGUGCACAAAAUUGCUACUUUCGAAAAGGCUGCAGGAUUCCAGGCUUUAAUCCAAUUCACUGAUGCUGAAACUGCAUCUUCAGCAAGGAAUGCCUUGGAUGGGAGAAGUAUUCCAAGGUACUUGCUUCCGGAACAUGUUACUUCUUGUCACCUGCGAAUCUCAUAUUCUGCACACACGGAUCUGAAUAUCAAAUUUCAAUCUCAUCGGAGCAGGGACUAUACCAACCCAUACCUUCCUGUGAAUCCUACUGCAAUGGAGGGACUUAUGCAGCCUGUAGUUGGUCCGGAUGGAAAAAAGCAAGAACCUCAGAGUAAUGUGCUACUUGCUUCAAUUGAAAAUAUGCAAUAUGCUGUGACAGUUGAUGUUCUUCACACGGUGUUCUCUGCAUUUGGCACAGUCCAAAAGAUUGCAAUAUUUGAGAAGAAUGGUGGAACACAGGCACUAAUUCAGUAUCCUGAUGUCACAACCGCGGCUGUCGCCAAAGAAGCCUUAGAGGGACACUGCAUAUAUGAUGGUGGCUAUUGUAAGCUUCAUCUAUCAUACUCUCGUCAUACUGAUCUCAAUGUAAAGGCUUACAGUGAUAAAAGUAGAGAUUACACAAUCUCAGACCCAAGUUUGCUUGCAACACAAGUUCCUGGUCUGCCUGCUGCUCCAAAUGUUUGGCAGAAUCCUCAGGCAGCUCCAUUGUACCCUGGGACUGACUAUACAGCUUCAGCUGCAAUGCAGGCUCAACCCCCUGCUGGACAAGUUCCAGCUUGGGAUCCAAAUUUACAGGCUAGACCACCUUAUGGAUCAGUUCCUGGGACAGUUCCCAGUCAAUCAUAUCAAUCAUCCUCAGUACCUACAUAUGUGAAUGCUGCAACACCUGCUGGUUCAUCACCCCUUUCGCAUCCUGGUGUGUCUUCCAUGAGAAUGCCACAGCCUGGGGUCAAUGUUAGACCAGGUGGUGCACCAGUGCCGGGUCAGCCUCCUUAUUAUGGUCAAUGACCCAUGUCUUUUCCUCUUGGCGAAUUCAAAUGAGCCGCCUGUCUUUCCAUCAUAUAUUUCGGUUAAAGAUUUGCCGUUUGGAUCUUUUGGCUCGCAGAUCUAUGAGCCUUUAUAAUUAAAUUUAUAAUUAACUUUUAUUGGUCUGGAAGUGUUUUGUUUUUUCUUUUUGGUUUUCUUUCUGAAACCAUAUCCAUCACUGAUGUAAAAUGGAGCUUGCAUUCACAAUUAAUUGGUAAAUGAAUGUAAAAGACAUGCUUUCGUGCUAUAUUGGCCUGCAGCAACUUUUUGCCUUU